ACGAUGUAGAAGGCCAGAUGCUGAUGACGUUCACAUCAUGCGACACGAUGAGCUUGCCUGUUACUUAGCAACUCGGAAUGGCUCAGGGUUAAACUAUUGCCUCUGACAGAUUUUACAUCGACAUAUCCUAAGAUUCACGAUGCUUGAUGCUGCUUUAAGCUCAUACGGUGCCCAGAUUGUCUUGGUUUCAUCAAGUGAUGAGAAUCAUCCACCGGAGAAUAUAAUUGACGGAAAAACGGAGACGUUCUGGGUUUCAACUGGCAUGUUUCCUCAAGAGUUUAUCAUCCGCUUUCCAGAUAACAUGAAAAUAUUCACAAUCUCCAUUCACAGUUACAACAUUAAAAACUUGAGAAUAGAGAAAGGCACAUCAGAGGAUGCUGAUAAAUUUGAAGCUAUUGCAGAGACAGAGUUUGAGCACACAGAGAGCAGCCUACAAAAUAAUGACAUUAAUGUAAAUGUAUCAAAUGCAACUCAUUUGCGGUUCCUCAUAUUGUCUGGAUAUGACCAUUUUGUCUCUGUACACAAAGUUAGUGUACAAUCAUGAGAGGAUCACCAUCUUUGAUGUCAUUUAUGUAAAGUUGCAUGCAGUAACUUUAAGGCUGGCUUUAAAUACAGCUGAAUUAAUCAUAGUUGUUAUUCAAAGUGAAUCAAUGUAUAUUUUCUGUUACAACCAAUAAAUCUAGUCCUCAUUUCUAUAGUUUAAUAUGUAAGUUUUCUCUUCCUAUUCCUGCUUUAUGUUUUCAUGAAAAUAAAUGUAAGUUAAGUUUGAAAUCUGCAGUGUGCAUACCCAGUUCAUCCUGCUUUGGCCCUGGGUACCUUUUGUCUCCUUAAGAGAUUUGCACAGUCAAUUUAUAUGUUAACGUCUAGAAGUCAUUUAGCUUUCGUAAACCAAUCUAUCCAAAGUUUAGAUGAAAUAAACACUAUUGCAUGAAACUGACAUAAA